AGUACCUUAACCAAGCUAAAGUUUCGCGACUGAAUGUUUGCAGUUUGUCAACAAAGCUAUUACUGACUUUUCGAAUUUUGUCUCCUUAGGUAGUGUUGUGUUUGUUUUUAUCUACGAAGACGAUCAAGUCAUAGGAGCGCAGCAUUCUCAUAUUCUUUCUUAAGCAUCUAGUGGCUUUCCCGGCAGAUUUUCUCAUCUUACUAUGGCUUCGUUGGACGAGGCAAGAUUGGCAGACAAGGCAGCAAUUGUCAACAUUGAGGAACAACUUGAAAGGGAUGAACAAGAAGAGUGGGAAUACGAAUAUUCAAACACCGAAACAGAGACAUACUAUUUGACCGUCGAUCUUUCAUUUCCUGAAUUUAAGGACCGACAGCCAAGAGCGCCUCACCACAGCCGAGGCGGGUAUUACAAAACCUGGCUUGAUCACAAUCCUAGUUUGAGAGGUGUUCAUGCUGGGGAUGAUAAUGAUGACGAUAACGACAAUGAGCCACUCCCAGAACGAGAGGCGGACGACGACGAACCUGAAAUCGAUCCGGCAUUAAGCAACGACAAAGACAAAGGCAAAGUAAUCGAUAGAGACGAGGCAGAGGACGACACAAGAGACGAUGUGGAUAAAACACGUGAUGGGAAUGAAAAUAUCCAGAUCCUCGAGCUACAUUCAGAAAGGCCGGUCAUAUCAUACAAAGGGCGCACAUUUGAAGGUUCGUGGGCGGAAAUCAUUGGCACCGAAGCUAUAUUUGCAACACGCGAUAGCGAUCGCCCCCUUCCCGCUCUGCGCCAUCUCGAUGGAAAUAUUGAUUUUCUCGGUGCAUGUGCGUCGAGGAUCGCGACCAAAGAGACUGUUGUCAAGCCAAAAGUUAUCAGGGAGGAUCCAUUAGCCGCUAUCAGGGAGGAAUGGAACAUUCGAAUUCCUGUUGGAAAAGACAGGUCAGGAGAACGAGCUGAGCAGACACGAUUCCUAGAAAACUUGAUGGCGAUCAAGAAGAGGAACAAGGAGAAGGAUCAGGUCACCGUAUGGGCUAAGGACGGCGAGGGUCAGGACUUCAAAGACAACCGAGAUCCUGACUACAAACCUAGGCGAAGAAGAAGGUUACUUAAUGAGGAUGGAGAGGAAGUCAUUCCAAAACGCGAGAGACGACGUGCAAGUGGGCGUAGGGGUGGACGUCCCAGACUUCGACCCGGGGUUAGUCGUGGGCGAGGUACAACGGCCCUAACACCAUCGACAACUAGAGAUCUGGAAAGGACUGGGAAUGAAGGCAAUAUGUCAACUCCUACUCCAAGCAGAUGGAAUGAGCUGCACGGAAGAGCGGAUGAAUACAUGGACCAUUCUGACGACGAGGAUGGUACGGAUGAUGAUGAAGAAGAAGAAGAAGAUGACGAUGAUGAGGAUAUGGCAAUGGCAGAUUGAAUGGAAGAAAUAGUUGGAACCCCAGAAGAUGGAACAUCUGGUUGACAUUUAGCGCAUGAGAUUAUGAUACCCGUGGUGCACUCUCGCCUAGAAAGAAUAUUAGGACUUCUUCUACUCCACGUCUCUGGUUCACGUAUUGAGCAUGGACUGAGCAUCUUAUUGUGUCAGGUCGUAGCCAUCAAUAUAACGAGUGUGUUAAUG